UGCCAUAUCAGUGUUCCGAAUAGUUGUCAGUGACGUUUCUCUACUCCAGUGCAUUUUAGUUGAUUUUAGUGGGCUGUCUUCUAACUUCUGUCUAGAAUAGUGAAGAUUAAAAGAGUGAUAAAGUGUUAAUUGUAGUCAACGACUAAUGGUGUAAUCGAACAAUUUCGAUGGUUUUAAUCUGAGUACAAAACAACACAAGAGUUAAAAGUUGACAUUUUCAAUGUUCAAUAACGUUAUAAUGAGCGAACUGUCGUCGGCGUUUUUAAAGUUCGCAGCUACACGCAUAGUGCAAAAAGUAACACUUUCUUCAACUUCUGAUCAACACAGAUAAAAUGCAAGCGAGAAAAUAAGGAAGAACAGAAUUUUUAAUACUAAUUAAGUGUAUUAGAACUGAAUGCUUUUGAUCGACUUAUUUAAAUGUAAACUAGAGUUCCGGAGUUCAGAUAUCGCCAAGUACAACCCAGUUUUCAAGAAAAGUUUGUGAAAAGAAUGAUGUUCCUAUAGCGUUGACAAUCAUUCAGACUCAGCUAAAUAAAAUUUAAAGAGAAGUGUAUAUAGUUCACCUUCUUUAAAAAACGAAUCAUCUUGUUCUCCAGAAGUUUCAGGCCAACAUUUUUAUUUUCAGAACCGCAUCAUUGAUCAUGAAGCAUAUGAUCAGCAAAACUUUAGUGAUGCUGAAAAUGCAAUCGCCUCUAUGGAAAAUUUGUGCAAAGCAACAGAUUGUACAAUUUGCACACCCAGUGAAAGACAAAAAUUUCCCAAAGUAAUUAUCGAAAAAAAAAUAUUUCCAAAGAAGAAUAUGCUGUCAGAUGAUAGUGAGACAAAUCGUAAGAACGAUGACACAAAUCAAGAGCUGUUAUCAGAAAAUCCCAUAAGGAAAAUAUCGGCAGACACCAACGACCACUACAAUGUGUCUGUAGCUCUCCAUGAAAUAGAGAAGAAUAUAGAUGAAAAUAUGACUCUAAGAAGUAAGCGGAAAACAUCCGUAUACUCUCUCGUAAACUUUGAUAGUAGUGAGAAUGCACAUAGAUUAGAUUUUAAGCAUAAAGACGAAGACAAAAGCCAAAAAUGUUUGCCCGAAGAGAACAAAAGUCUUAAGGAAAUGUACAUAAAUAAAUUAGUCUCGCCUAGAAAAACGUCUGUUAAUUCGACAAUGCAGGAAAUUCAAGCUGAAUCCAUGGUAACGUAUGGCACAAGUAGCAGCAUGGUUCUUCCUGAAGACCAUGAUGUUGAACAAGAUUCACUUUCCAUUGAUACAUGCAUGAAUAAUCUCACGUCUGAUGUAAAAAGAAUAAAAAGUACACGAUUUGUAACUUCUAACAUUAUGGGAGACGAUAUUGAACUAGAUAACAAAGACUUAGAAAGUCAAAGAGAAGAAGACGUGGGCGUGACAAUAUAUGAUGUAGAUGACAACGGCACUAGCAUUAGUGAUAUUGUAGCUACGCAAGCUCUUCAUGAAUCUUUGAGUAAAAUGGGCAAAGUGCCUCCUUUAUGUGCGCAAAUAGAAAUUAGAGAAAUGAAUGUCAAAUCUGACAUAGAAAAAGAAUGUCAAAAAGAUGUUGCUAUUCAGGACGAAGCAGUUGAAGGUUUUAUUGGACCACUUCUUGAUGAAAACUUUAAAGCAGAUGAAAAGCUUGCACAAAAAACAAUGGGCAUGGACGAAGUGAGAAACUUGCUAAUGAAAGUAAAGGUUCAGACUGUCGAACAAGAUGAUGAUGACGAAGAAAAAGCCAUAGGUAUAUCCCCAGAUGGAAGAUUUCUGAAAUUUGAAGAAGAAAUUGGCCGCGGAAGUUUCAAGACUGUAUAUAGAGGGCUCGAUACUCAAACUGGAGUAGCAGUGGCCUGGUGUGAACUCCAGGAGAAAAAAUUAAAUAAAACUGAAAGAUUGCGAUUUCGAGAAGAAGCAGAGAUGCUAAAAGGACUGCAACAUCCGAAUAUUGUACGAUUUUACGAUUACUGGGAGGUCACAUUAACUCGUCGAAAAUACAUUGUCUUAGUGACAGAGCUCAUGACAUCAGGAACUCUGAAGACGUAUUUAAGACGUUUCAAGAAAAUUAAUCCAAAGGUUGUCAAGUCUUGGUGUCGACAAAUUCUGAAAGGAUUGAGCUUCUUACAUUCGAGGUCUCCUCCUAUAAUUCAUCGUGAUUUAAAAUGCGAUAACAUUUUUAUAACGGGAACAACUGGUAGUGUAAAGAUAGGUGACUUGGGCUUAGCGACCCUUAAAAAUCGAAGUUUUGCUAAAAGUGUUAUCGGCACACCAGAAUUCAUGGCACCAGAAAUGUACGAAGAGCAUUAUGACGAGUCUGUGGAUGUUUAUGCAUUCGGCAUGUGCAUGCUGGAGAUGGCUACUAGUGAAUACCCAUACUCAGAAUGUACUGGACCUGCACAAAUCUACAAGCGAGUUGUAUCGGGUGUCAAACCACAAAGUUAUGACAAAGUUGAAAAUCCAGAAGUACGAGAGAUUAUAGAAAUGUGUAUCCGAUUGAAAAAAGAGGAAAGACCUUUGGUUAAAGAUCUUCUUAAUCAUGAAUUUUUCGCUGAUGAUGUUGGUUUAAAAUUAGAAAUGGUGUCUAGAGAUUCGGCAGUAGCAGAAGCAGAACUUUCACGAGUCGAAUUUAGAUUAAGAGUUUUGGAUCCCAAGAAACGGAGCAACAAGCACAAAGAAAAUGAAGCAAUUCAAUUUGAUUUCGAUAUUCAAGGAGACAAUGCGGAGGAGGUAGCAUCAGAAAUGGCUAAAUCAAGUCUCAUUCUUGAAGAGGAUGCUAAGGCAGUUGCAAAAAUGUUAAAAUCACAAAUAACCGGUUUGUUACGAGAGAGAGAGGAGCGUAAAAUUAAAGAGGAAAGAGAACGGCAAGAUAGAGAAACUGAGUCAAAUUCAGUGGACAACAUGCUUCAAAAUCAUCUGUUAUUGCAACAGAUGCAAAUGCAACAACAGCAAGUGCAAUCUAGCUUAAAUAUUCAAAUACAAAAUCAAGUUGGUAUGCAACAACAAAUGCAAGUACAGGGACAGGUACCUCACCAACAACAAUCUCAGGUUCAGUCUUCUACCCAAACAGCAUCAGGCCAACAGCAUAGUCUUCAACCCCAACAAGUUCAGUUGGUUCAACAACAGCCUCUAAUUCAACAUCAAACAUCUGUCGUUCAACCUCAGCAAGCGCAACAAAUGCAACAAAUUUCUAACAAUACCCAGCAAGUUCAAUAUCAACCACAGCAACAACAGCCACAACAGUUUCAACCGCAACAACAGCAGCAGGUAUUUGAAGGAAUUGGGACAAAUUCUUCACAAUGUUCCACUCCUCAAAAUGUGCUAGCCCAGCCACAGUUUCCACAGGUGCCGCAACAUUUACAACAGCAACAUUUGCAACAGGCACAACAAUAUAUACAAUUAAAUCAAAUGAAUGUUUCACAUCAAGUUUCUCAUUCGUCGCAAAUUUCAGCACAACAACAAAAUAUGCAUCAACAAAUUCCACAGAGUCAACAACAACAACAGGCACAUGUGCAACAUAUUCAGCAGGUUCAUCAAAAUCAGGGCACAUCUACAUCAGUGCAAGGUCCGGCUUAUUACCAAACCACACCCAGCGCAGCAUCAUCAUAUUCCAGCCCAACGUCAUAUCAGCAAAAUGUGGCCCAGCAAUUUUACCACGGUUAUUCAACUACUUCGACAUCAGCUAUUCAUGGCGAUAUCUUACUUGCUCAAACCACUCAACAAAUAUUUUCACAUCCGAGUUCUUCGAGUAGUAAUGCUGAAGUAACACCGGCGGCAUAUGUUCAGCCUUUACAGAUGAAAGUAACAGUAUCUUCUGCGUUAAGUUCCCAAACUUCGGUAACUGCUACUCAUGCAAACACAUUACAAACAUCCCAAGUUACAAACGUACUAAACGUAUCGAAUACGUUACCACCUAGUAGUCAACAGUCGCCUAUGGUGCAAAUGCCCCUCUUACAGAAUACCAACGUUAAUUUAACAGCUAUAACAACUAUGCCAUCUACACAAACAAUAAACGUUGAACAGCAAGUGAAACAUCAUCAACAGCAGCAACAACAUAAGAAUUAUGAAACAUACGGGGACAGUUCCAAUUUGCUAAAAUCUGAUACAAUAGACGCAGUACUUUCUUUGCCUGUAGAUAUAUCCUUAAAUUUACACUAUGACACUGCUGCUGGCUUAUUAGGACAACAACCCUCUGCUAUUAAUGAUGGAACUAAUACCGAAUAUUCAGAAGGCGUAACCAUACUGGAAAAAUGCAAAAUAAAGCGGAGUGGAACAAAACGUAAAAAGCCUGGAAUUAAAUUAACUGUGCUCUCUGUUAGCGAAGUUGAAGGGCAGUCAGUUACUGUCGAAUGUCAGUUAGAUACAAGCAAGCAAAAAACUGUAACAUUUAAAUUUGAUCGUGAUGACAUGGUACCUACGGAUAUCGCCAAUAACUUAGUAGCUGAAAAUCUUCUGCCACCUUCGCAGUGUGAAACAUUCGUGGAAUUGAUUGAAGAUAUUGUAAAACAAUUGAGAUUGAAUCCUUCUCACAGUUUACCAUUAGUAGCUCACGGACCACCAGAUCAAUCUGCUGGUGGCAGUCCUGUUACAAGUCGCCGGCCUAGAGAGCGUGAUCAUAGUUUUGAUACACCUAAGCAGGUGAGACAUGGAUCGUUAACUCGUCAAAACAAUCACCGAUCGUCGUACAAGGUUCAUCGUAGGCACCGUUCGAGGGAUGAGACUUUCAAUACGUCUACACCUACGAAAUUACUUCCAAUCGAUCAAAUUAUAUCUCAAAUCGCAAUUGCUGCGUUGAAUAAACCAGAACAUAAUCAAACGAUUGAGAGCCAGGCUCGUACUAGUAACUCAGCUGAUGGUUCUAGACGCUCGUCCACUUGCACUCAAAACACCGAUGUAUUAACCCCUACUAAUGUUCCUAAUGAUUUGUGCAUUAGUCAAGAGAAUUUACAUUCUAUUUUAUCAGCGGGUACUAUAGUAGAAGUAAACUUAUCCCAAAACGACACAAGACCUUUUCCCCUUACGUCUGAAAUCGCAUCUAUUGAUGCACGCGUUAACUUACGUGGUGAGACCAAUAAUGCAUCAUUUCAAUCCAAUGAACAGCAAGACAAAAUCGAACACUAUUCCGAUUUCCAAGAUGAAAUCUCGCAUAAGGAAAUUAAUAUUUCUAGUAGUUCUGAACUAGAACGAAGCAAAGCAAAGAUUAUGCCAGUUCGAAAGAUUUCUCGCUUUUUAGUUAGUCCCGUCUUUGAACAAAAUGUCGUCACAGAUCAAGAAGAAUCGACUAGCCGAGAAGAAAGUAUAGAAAAGAUAAAUCAGUCAGAAGAGUUAGAUCUAACAGAUAUCGUUCGUGAAGUUAUUUUUAACGAAACUGAUAACGCAGAAGUGUUAGGGCCUGCAGCCGAGCAGUUAAAUAGUGUGGGUGAAAAUACGCAGAAACAAGAUUCUGAAAGUACACUCCAUAAUUUCAGUCAACAACCGAUAGACAAUAUUAACGCAAUUAAACCGACAGUUGUUAGUGAUCAAGAUUCAUCCGUGAUGCACUUAGAUCUACAAGGACAACAAAAUACAAUUCAUGUUCACUCCACUGAUUCAUCGGAAAUAAUACUUCAACAAGCACAACAGAAUGUUAUUAUACCUCAAAGAAUUCACAAUCAGUGUUCUGUGCAACAAUAUACCAUACUGCAGCAACACCAACAACAAGAUAUGCAUCAAUCAUGCCACGUACACAAUAAUUUACUCAUGCUACAUCAACCGCAAUUGCAACUCACCAGUGAUGAGCAGAAUAGAAGAAUUUCAAAUAUUUCUGCUGUUUCUAGUAUGUCGAGUGAUUCUCAACUAUCUGAAUUGUCAGGCAUUACCGAAGAUAAAAAAGUCUCGUGUAUUUUGCCGAAUCUAUCGUCGCAAACUGUUCAGCAUACUCAAUUCAUGCAUCAAGAUAUUUCUAAUAGCUCGCUUUCACCGCAUAUAAACGUUACAGAUGUUGUCCAACCAUCAACUGCUGUUCAUCAGACUACACCAGCUAUUUCAGGUAGUUCAACUCUUCCUUUUCCGGCUCAGUCUGUAUUACCAAACGAAAUAAACUCUAAGGUAAAAGCUAAAGAGGUAUCAUCUACUCUCCCUGACUUGGCACAAAAUUUGGCAAAUAUUCUCUCUAACCCGAAAUCUAAGUCAGUCACGCAACAUGGUUUAAGUAGUCAUGAGCAAGCCUUGAACUCAAAUACAGCGACGACUCUCACCGACUACAAACUUCCUGCUCAUUCAGAACAAUACUUUCAACCCAUUCAACCUGAAGGAUCGCAGCAAAAUAUACAAGUUAUGACACAGUUGCAAUCAACUGUUCAAAAAUGUAUACAAAGCACACAAAGUUUUCAGACAAAUCUGAAUAAUGCACAACCGUCACAAAUUAAUAAUCAAGUCCAUGUACAGCAAUCAAUGUGUCAACAGCAAGCAACUGACAUAGUGAAUUCUAAUAUUACACAGAAUCAGUUAACUCUGCAAAAUCAAUCUCUGGGACUCCUGUCUGAAGCUUCUGUUGCAAACAAACGAUUAGGUUCUGCAUAUGGAACUUCAAUAAGUCAAAACUUAAUACAAUCACAGUCAAUGGAAAAGGCUCAUCUAGUGCAAAAUCCGACUUUGAUACAAGUUACACCUAUUGAACUUCCAUCACAGUUGCAAAAACUUGAAAAUAUUGAGGAUCAACAUCAACCACAUCUAAAAAUUCAGGACGAAAAGAAUUCAAGGAUAAACGAGAUUGAAAGCAGUACAGACUGCAGCAAUCCAAGCAGGCGUACCAGUUCCGAGUAUCAACUCGUCUCGGAAAAUGAAGGGUCCAGUGUCGAUAAUACGCCGGAACAAACCUUAGUAGGUCUUCUUGACCCUAACCUAUUAGUACAACCAAUUGUUCUUCAACAGCAACAUCGAAAACUUAGUCAGCAAAACUCUUUAGAUAAGCUGUCAGAUUUAGGUUCUGGAGGACCACAAACAAUUGCAGAUUUGCAGCAUAAAUUAGUUCAACUAACUAGUCAACCAUCAGAAUCAUUAAAUAUUGGCACUCCGCCUCUGUGUCAUCCAGAUACUCCUCACAGUUUUCAAAUGGGUCCACUUUCUCCGCAAGGAACAGUGCAUUCUGGAAUUGAAGAGCUGUAUAUCGGACAAACGGCUCAAAAAUGUCCUCCGGAACAGGAGCUAACAAUGUAUGCUUCUUUACAGCCUCUCCAAACUUCAAAUCAGCCUGUCAGGAAAAUUUCCAGGUUUAUGGUUUCUAAAGUGGCUGGCCCACCAAGUGAGGAUAAUGUAACCUAUACAGAACAACCAAGUACUGAUCAGCAGCAUUUGAUCCAGGAUCAAACGAAAAGUGCUAACCUUAUAUAUGAUACUCCUCAUCGCGUCGAAGAACCACUUAAGGGGACAAAACCAAUAUCGCAAAGUCUAAAUGAGGCUACGCAGGCCGGCAUGAGUUCCAUUGUUCUUGCUUCACGAGAGAUGGAAACAGAAGAUAACAUGUCAGUCUUGACUCCAAGCGAACAGUAUCAGCUGCUAAUAAAGAGGCAAACCAUGGAACUUGAAUCGCUUCAACGAAGACACAGAGAAGAAUUAGAGCACUUUCAACAACAUCAAUUGCAACUAUUAAUUCAGCAACAGCAGCAAACGAGCGCUUUACAUCAACACCAACAUCAUCCUUUACUUUACCAUACUGUUACAGGACAAUCGAGGCCUCCUGGAGUAGACGACUGCAUAAUGAUUAGCGCUGAUUCGCCAGCGCCCUUUCACAGGAAGCUUAGUUAUUCUCCGGACACAGAAGAGACUUUAAAAUUGGCAACCCAGAAAUUAAAUUUGACUGCAGGCGCACCGCAUGCUUAUGUUAUUCCAGUCCAAGUUAUGCCUUCGGAAAACAGGCUAAAUAUUCCAGGCCAGGACACAAGUGAUGCCUCAGAAAUGGUCAACGCUGUUAACAGUUUAACGACUUUGAAUCCGUUUACACAAUUUGUACCAGAAGGAACAAGUAUCAACACUGAAAACUACAGUCAAUCGUUAGAAGCCCCAUGCUUGUCUAAUGUGCAAACUUUUACGUCGCAUGGAGGAUUUUUCCUCCCUGCAGGUUAUCGACUCAUAUACGCACCUGUUGGGAGUACUCAAAUUCCAUCAACGAUACCUACUACUCCCCAAUUAGAAAAUUUGAAUAAUGAUACGCUACCAGCAGAGCUACAAAGUUGUUCUGAAUUAAUAGUUUCAAAUUCUUCCGAGAUCGAUCAAUAACGCUAUAUUAUAUCGAUACAUUACGUCAAAAUGAAUGGUUAUCAAUUAAUUUUAUGGAAUUUAGGUGAUGAGUUUCAUACAUUACUGUUACGAUUGUCAUCAGAAAUGUUUUAUUAUUGUUGUACGAUAUUGUCACACAGAUAUAUUAUAAAGGUUAUUAUUAUUAUUAUUA